AUGCCAUCAAGGACUGAGUCCGGUUGUGCAAUUGCAUCAGCUUCUUGCUCGGACAGUUGCUUUGUGGCAUUGUUGUACGCAACGCAUGUUCCAAAAUGCGGUGCCGUCAUGAAGCAAUGGACUCUUCUUCCUCCGUGGCCCCACUUAAUGGACAGCAGCACUGGCGCGUGUCCACAAUCAAGCAAGUUGUUUUCUACGCUUCCUGCUCGUCUCUAUGGCGUCAUGUGGCCAUUCAACGGAUGCACACCUCGACAAAGAAAACAUGUGCUGCCUUCUCUACUUCUGGUCGUCAGAGGACGCCCACAUUUCAGCCUUGUGGGACUAGACAGGUCGCAAUCAGGUUCAACCAAACGUGGAGAUGAUGAAUUUGCUGUCGGCGGCACCUGA